AUCAUGGUCGGGCCUGGGCACCGGAACAGUCAUGGAAAGCGGCAGUCUGAUUAUGCUGAAAAUGGAGGUGUCAAGAGAAGAAAUCCUGGUGAUGAUACAUAUGCUCCUGGUCCAGAUGACACUGUCUAUCGCUACCUUUGCACGUCUAGGAAAAUAGGGAGUAUAAUUGGGAGGGGUGGAGAAAUUGCCAAGCAGCUGAGGAGCGAUACUCAAGCUAAGAUUAGGAUUGGUGAGAGUGUCCCUAACUGCGAUGACCGAGUCAUAACAAUAUUUAGCUCAAGCAGGGAGACUAAUACCAUUGAAGAUACUGAAGAUAAGGUUUGCGCUGCUCAAGAUGCUCUCUUUAGGGUUCAUGAGAAGCUUGCCACAGAUGAUGGUCCUGUGAACGAAGAAAAUGAAGAGGGUUUAGGUCAAGUUACUGUUCGGUUGCUUGUGCCAUCUGAUCAGAUUGGAUGCAUUAUUGGAAAAGGUGGGCAUAUCAUCCAGGGAAUCCGCAGCGACACUGGUUCACAAAUACGUGUUCUCAGUAAUGAACACCUUCCUGCAUGUGCUACUAGUGGUGAUGAACUUCUCCUGAUAAUUGGGGAUCCGAUUGUAGUUAGAAAAGCUCUUCUCCAAGUGUCAUCUCGCCUCCAUGGCAACCCAUCCAGGUCACAGCAUCUCCUUGCGUCCGGCUUAACCCAACCUUUUCCAGCGGGCUCCCGCCUUGGUAGUUCCUCUACUGCACCAGUUGUAGGGAUUACUCCUAUGGUUGGUCCUUAUGGACGAUACAAAGGUGAUAUGGUGGGAGAUUGGCCUUCUAUAUACCAACCACGGAGGGAGGUGAGCUCUGCAAAAGAGUUUACCCUGCGUCUGCUUUGUGCUGCGGCGAAUGUCGGAGGUGUAAUUGGAAAAGGAGGUGGAAUUAUCAAACAGAUUAGGCAAGAAUCUGGAGCUUUUAUCAAAGUGGAUAGUUCGAGUGCUGAAGGUGACUGCAUAAUUACAGUUUCGGCAAAGGAGUUCUUUGAAGAUCCUGUCUCUCCAACAAUUGAUGCUACAGUCCGUUUACAGCCAAGAUGCAGUGAGAAAAUUGAUGCAGAAUCGGGGGAGCCAUCAUAUACUACACGUUUGUUGGUGUCGACAUCACGGAUAGGGUGCCUGAUCGGCAAAGGUGGUUCAAUCAUUACGGAGAUACGAAGAACAUCGAGAGCAAACAUACGGAUCAUUUCGAAGGAGGAUGUUCCAAAAGUAGCAUCGGACGACGAAGAGAUGGUCCAGAUCAGCGGAGAUCUUGAUGUUGCAAGGCAUGCUCUUGUGCAAAUAACUACAAGGCUGAAAGCCAACUUCUUUGAAAGAGAAGAGACAAUAAGUCUGCUGGGCACGAUUAUCCAUAUUCUAGUGGAUAUCGUGCAUCAGACGAUGUGCUUCCUGUUGACCGUUAUGCAAAUUAUGGCAGCUCCCAGGUAUACGGAGGCGGCUAUGGUGCUUACAGUGGUGGUUCUGGCAGCAGCGGGUUAUCUGGCUCUACCUAUCUUUCAUCUGGAAAACGCUAUGGCUAUUAAAAUGCAGGUUGUCGAAUCCAACAGGAAGGUGCAGGAGCAUACACAAUUCCUGGAGCUAGAGACAGGCCGUUGCCGACAUGCUUUGCAUUGGUCAAGUAAACAUUUCCAGUUUGUUUAUUGGAAAUAGGUAGUAACAGGGUCACGGUUGUGUCGUGCUUCUUAGGUCUUUCUACCCGUCUUUGUAUGUUUAUUAUGCAGUGUGUAUUCAAUUUGAUCACUUGGGCAAGUGGUGAAGCUGAACAUCAUUAUUCAUUAGUUUUGUUGUGUUUUAUCAACUGGUGAAGCUGAACAUUCAUACGGGGUUUGAUUGGGUGGAUGCUGGCCUGAUUAUAUUUGUUUUUUGAUAAUUUCAUAUGGGAUUUAGCA